AUACGAGAUAAUGAGAUUCAAAAUUCCAGCUUUUCAAGAUUUCGUUCGAAUCAUUAUACGUGUCGUAGAAUAUUUUGUCCGGGAGAUGCUACGAUUUUAUAGACUUCAAUUUGACUGUAAUGUCAUUUAUGUUAUUUAUCAUUCAAAUUCAGUUCGUUGGAAUUACGACACUUUGUCAGUCGCACUCUUCAAGAUUUCCACAAAGUAUUGUUUAAAUUAUGGUAAUAAGGAAGUAAAAGUAUUUAGUUUUUAUUGUAUUUUAAAUACCUAGGUUGACUUAGGUGAAUAACGCAUAUUGCUAUAUGGGGGAUGAAUAAAGAUGGUCGUGACUCACAGCCACCGCAGCCACCUGUGGGGAGCAUCGGUAAACGCUGUUUCGAGGUUAAGUGAGUUAAAUUGAACAGUUUACGUUAAAUGGACGCACCGAAGAAUUUCCUGGAUGCUGGUGCUGAAUGUGGCCAAUAGUCAAUAGCAUAACACGCGGUCAUCCAGCAUUCCAGACGUUUCAGCCAGAACUACCUGCGAUCGUGUCAGAUCGUAUGCUAAACGAUGAACGUAUCUACGAGCACGACGGAUGAUCUCGAAGAUGCGAGGUCGAAAGGGGAUUUACCGAGAAGCGAGAGGAUCGAGCAACUGAUGUUGGAAGAGAGGCGUUUGUCGGAGGCAAACGAAAAGAUAAGGAAACAAUUGAAACAUUAUGAGAAGAGGUACGAAAAGGCGUUGAAGAAGAAAGUAAAAGCGAUGAAGAUGCAUCUCGAGGAUGGCCAACAAAAAUUGGAAGUUAUAAAACAGCGGUGCCAAGAACUGGACAAGGCUCUGGACGCUAACCCGUACAAAGUAGGAAGAGCAAGGAAGACCGGGAAACAGCCGAAAGUGAACAAAUCGGUAAUAAAGGUGAGGACAAUGAAACCGAAGCAGUUCAGACAGACGACUUUACCCAUCACCAAACAGAUCAAGAUAAAAAUAAGCAGAAACGAGGGCAACCGAGAGAUGCAUUUCGUUAACGAGAGUAACAGCACGGGUAACGGGCCACUUUCGAGGAACGCGUUCACUGAUUUGGUCAAGAUCGUACAGCCCGUGACCGUCAAUACUCGCGAAUGUAGGAUUAUGUUGCAGAGGCUAACAGAAGAACAAAUGAAGCUGUAUAAAAAUCAGAAACAGCCCGAUCAAACACCAAAGAAAAGAAAGCGACAGACUCCCCAGAAAGUUAACGAAGAUAGGUUGAGCAUAAUUCAGCCAAAAUGGCACAUAAAAAUACCGAAAUCAGUAUUCGAGGAGAGUCAGAGGGAAAUCGUAGACACGAGUCUGGAUCCAGUUACAGGCUCGAACGAUACCAUAUGAUUCGACACGUUUUUUGUUAUCGUCGACGAUAUCAGUACCAUUACAUAGAUUGAUAUUUUUCUUCCGUGGACAAAUCGAAAUCAUAUGCAUUGAUACAUUGAUAUUACUUAAAAGUGAAUUUCGUAUUGUUUUACAAAUCAGUUUAACCAAAUGAAUGUUUAUAGUUUACGUUGGAAACAAGAGAACUACUUUUAAAUACAUAUCUGCCCGUGUCAUCUAUUUUUGAUAGUAUAGGAUACUUACCUAACUAACAUUCUGAGGAAUCAUAAAGACUCGUGUUCAUUUAAAUUGUUAAUAUUUUAGUUUACGACUAUAAGAUGUUGAAAAAACGUUAUUUUAAUAAAAACUAAAAAAUGAAGGAAACGUAUUCGAAUACAAAUAUGUGUAGAGACUAUGAAUAUAAGAAAAACAAAUUCUUAUUAUAGUUAUGUUGCAUUAACCAAAAGCUUGUUUUCGUCUUCUACUUGUUUUUCGUAAAUGUUUAUAAAUUCGGUUUAAAGGCUAUUAUAGAUAAUAAUAGCAUACAUUAAUUUCAGACAAAUACAAAACAUUUUAUACAAUGACUGUAAUCCAUUUUAAUUUUCACUUGGUUGGUGCCCGAUAGAAAUAUUGAGACGUUCAUCUUGUAUUUUUUUAUAUUUUUACAUGUGUGUCAUGAGCGAUGCCAUGAUUACAACUGUAUUGUAUGAGUUUAAUCAUAUGUACUGAUCAAAAACUUCUUGAGCUUAAAAUACACUGUAGACUUGUAAUUAAUUUGUACUGUGAACAAAAUAUAUAUUUCGUAAUAAAAUUUAAUAA